UAUCAAAACCUUAUCUAGUUAUGGGGCUUUCCCUUUGCUUUUUCUCAUCCAGCUCUUUAUCUCACCCUUAGGAGUUCUUAUCUCGAGGGCGGCUGUCCGCUCUCCUUCCCGGGGCCACCCCCCCGUUCAGGCCACAGAUUCACUAUACACAGACAUUUGAGUUUAACAGGCGUCUGCUUACCUUGUUAUUUAUGGCCGGCCUCUGUAGCCCGUCAGAGAGAGCGGUCCCGGUUCCGGAGGCAGUUCACGCCGUCCCUACAGAGGUCGCUUCGUGGUCGCCAUUAAAUAUGUCGGAACUUAGAGCCCGUCUCCAAGUCGGCACAUAUCAGGGUGAAUUAUACUGAUAUACUUUAUAAUGCUUUUAUACUAUAUAAUUGUUACUAAAACUUAAUUUACUGAUAGCACUACCAUUAAUACGAAUUAAAACAAUGGGAAAACGCCUCAGACCUGGAUGAGAAUGAGCAAACUUCUUUAUUGUGGUCAAUCAGCUAACAAUUCUCUAAGAGAAAUUGCCAAUUUGAAAGUAACAAAAGAAAUCCCAAAAAACCCAAAAAGAAAAAAAGCAUCUUCAUGAAGAGCAUCGGCAUGCAAAAAACAAAAACCCUCCGGACGGACCUGCAGAGUUACAGGAUUUUUUACGCAUACACAUUUGGCCCCAAAAAUUCUCCUCUAUAUAUACGUUUCCACGCGCCUCCUUAUCGGUCCCCCCCCCUCACAGACCGGUUUUCACAUCACCUUUUCAUUAUGUCAUCUUAUUUACCGGAAUCAUCUCAUAUGUUUUUGUAACGUCCUGUUCCUUGCAGUCCCCUUGUUUUUCCUUCACCUUUUGCCCAUAUGCCCAUUUAUGGAUUUUCCUCCCCUUAGUUCCCCGGGACCCAGGCCCGGGAGCCCAGGCCUGUGACCCUGGGUCUUCUUCAUUCGCCAUAACAAUUAUGCCUAAACAACAAUUUUUGUUAUUAAAAAGUGUGCUCAAAAAAGAGCUUCACUCCCUGGUCAAAGUUACAUUUGCCUCUCAGUUUUUUUCCGUGCCAGACGUCCUGAAGAUUUAAUCCUUCAUUCAACUACAAUGGAUCCCUCGCAUCAGCCAGCUAGUCGCCCUAUCAGGUCCACACCUCACCAUCCUCGUCCGUCUCCCUACCCAAGGCCAAUGGCCGCUGAUGUCAUGGAAAGCUAUCGCCGCUUCCAGCUACUUCAUAUCACCCAUGAGCUCGUUACGUGUCUGGAACAGCUCUGUUCUCCUGACCUCCCCGAGCAUCCUCAUCUGCUGUUCCAUAUUGUGAGAGGGCCUCUUACUAGCACGUCCUCGACUCAAACCCCUCUGCCUAACCUCGUGGAUCAGAGAACCCAAACUGAUGGCUGUCCUCAUGUUGAGCUUUGCAACCCUGAGCUCGGGACUCCCGCUUCUCCUCCUCCUCCAGUGCCUCAUGCCUAUAUCCGUCCUCUCAGUCCUGCCUUGGCAUCUCCUCCCUCUGAUUCCGGCCCUGGAACCCCAGAUUACAUUCCUUCUUCUCCCUCUGAUUAUGGCCCUGGAUCCCCAGACUAUUCCCCUACUUCGCCCUCCGAUUACUGAGAAUGUUUAUAAUAACCAAUAAACCUAUAACCAUU